GAUAACAUUGAGACAGGUGAGCCACUUUGGUCUGGUAUUCUUGGGGCGACACCUGUACCAGAAACACCUGCAGACACCAUGGCGGACGUGUUGACCGAGAAUCAAAUUGCAGAAAUGCGAGAGGCGUUUGGUCUUUUCGACAAAAAUGGCGAUGGAAUGAUCACGACGGCAGAAUUGGGCGCUGUCAUAAGGUCAUUAGGACAGAAUCCAACGGAAGGAGAGUUGCAGGACAUGAUCACUGAAGUAGACGAAAAUGAGAGUGGGACCAUUGAGUUUCCUGAAUUCAUGACAAUGAUGUCCAAGAGAAUGAAGGAGGAAACCCCAAAGGAAGAACUUUAUGAAGCUUUCCAAGUGUUUGACAAGGACGGAAAUGGUUACAUCAGUACAACUGAGUUGAGGCAUGUCAUGACAAACUUGGGUGAGAAGUUGACAGAGGAGGAAGCUGAGGAGAUGAUGAAGACAGCAGAUUCUUCCGGGGAUGGGCGAAUAAACUAUGCAGAAUUCACGAAAGUGAUGAUGUCAAAGUGAUUCAGGGAGGACGUUUGAUGCUGAUAAGUCGUCCAGGCGAAAGAAUUCAUUGCAGUGAAACUGGACUUUUCACCGUACAUAAGUGCUCACGAAAUUUACUGUUUUAGCUAUAGUCAGGUGGGGUUUCUUCUUGUUCAAAACGACAUCGGUUUUCAAGUGCAUGUAUUUCAAUAAACAGUCUAUGCAUCA